AUGUCUUCGACCACUGCUAACUCUGCCAGUAAAUAUAAAAAGCGUAAGAAGUGGAGUCAAAAUGAUAUGGCUGCUGCAAUAUUAGCAGUUCGAGACAAGAAAAUGGGCUAUUUAAAGGCAGCAAAAACUUAUAAUGUACCCAGAACCACCUUAUUUCGACUUGUUCAAGAAAAUGACAGUUUGUUAGAAGAUACUCUGACCAAAAAGAUAGGUCCAGUAUUUAAUAAGGUUUUUGAGGAAAUGUUGGUGAAAUAUGCCCUUGUUAUGGAACAAAAAUUAUAUGGUUUGACUCGAAUGGAUAUGAGAAGGAUAGCAUAUCAACUUGCUGUUAAAAAUAAUGUGCCCCAUCCAUUCCAUGACGACAGAGCUGGCAGAUACUGGCUCAAAGGAUUUCUUGCGAGGCACAAGCAAACUUUAUCAAUACGCAAGCCCACUGGAACAUCUUUUGCUAGAGCCAAUGGAUUUACAAAAGCAAGAAUGGACGAGUUUUAUCAAAAUCUUGAGAAAGUUUAUGACGAAAAAAGUUCACGGCUAGUAGGAUUUUAA